UGGUCACCCAAGCUAGAAACCAUGGUGGAUUCCCCCGCUGCUCAUGAGAAGGUGGAGCCGGCGACCUCGCUGCCCGAGGAAUGUCUCAACGUCGCUAUUCUCUGCAAGGCCUUCGUUUCCAAGGUGAUGAAUGGCCUGGGGGCGCUGGCGACCAUUUGGGCGACUGUUGUCCUGCUCGGUGGAUUCGCAGUCCUCAUAAAAAAGCAGGACUUUUGGUACGUCACCAUCGUCGCUCUCGUCGAAUCAAUCGGGAUCUUGGGUGGUCACGAGGAUCCCACAUACCAAAUUUUCAUACGCACACCAGGAUUGCUGCUAGAGGCUAAGAAGGCUGCCGAGCAGGAGCGACAACUCGGUUGGUGGAGAAGAAGAAGAAUCCAUCGUCAUCAUCAACAACAAUCUGGAAGAGCAAGAAGAGAUAGGCUGCAGGGUAGAAUAAAACCCAAACGUUACGAGGAGCUGAAGAUGUACAAAGGCUUGGUGGGGAUGGUCGUCCUUGUCGCCCUGCGGCUGACUGAGAUUGCCGCCAUCGCCACAUGCAUUGUCAUCUCCUCGAGGCGUCUCAAGAGGCAGGACUACGUGGACCCCAAGGACAAGUACGCGGCAGACCACCAGAACAUCAAGCUGUCCCUGAACAUCUUCUACGGGCUGGUGCUCGCCCAGAGCAUCAUCUUCAUCGUCGUGCGGCUGAACCUGGAUUCAUUAUUAGGUUUCCGCGUCAGAUUCUCAUACAGAUUAUUUGGGCCGUCGGGCACAGAAAUAAUGUACCGCUACCUCAGUGACAACUACCUGGAGUUGAUCGCUGGGAAUGUGCGCGCCACCUUCAAGAUGAACCUCAUCACAUUCGCCAAGAAGUUGGUGUUGUCCGACUCCGGCGUCGACGACAAGUUAGUUGGGAUCCGAGCCAUGGACCGCAUCCUCAGAUCAGUGAAGUACAACACCCUGGCCCUCAGGGAGCUUCAAGCUUCCCUUGACGCCGACGCUAUGGGGAAGCUGAUCCAGGUGCUAGGCUUGGUUAGGACACCAGAGGAGAAGGAAAUGAGAGGCCACGCUGCCAGAGUAGUUCUAAAGCUAGCUCCAGAUAUUCCGGUUGACAAUUGUCCUCGAGCUAUGUCUCUCAUCUCUUCUUCCCUGCUCGAGACGGCUGGUAACAUGGAUGUGGACCUCGUCUGGUUCGGCUUGCGGAUCCUAGACAAGCUCACAGACAUCCAACAAAACUGUUGGCGGGCCAAGGACCUCAGUGAUCUACUGCCCAAGAUCAUAGACCUCACCAACCUCAACCAGGGCGGUCACAGGCACGGCAGCAGCAGCAGCAUCUCUGACGCUUGGAUUGAACAAGAGAUUAUUCCUCUGCUUCAAAGAGAAGAGGACAUCCCUCCCACUGCCACACAGAAGAUUGACCAACAGAUUAUUGUUGGCAUGUCACUCAAAAUCUUGAGCAAGCUGGUUGCCACACCUGGUCAUGUCGGGGAGGAGCUCAGGGAAAAAACCUCAGAAUGUAUACACCUCCUGGCCGGGACAAUCUUGGAGCAUGUGGGAGCAGCGAGAGUCAUAGCAUGCCUAGCACUGGACAAAAGGGGAAAGCAAGAGAUUGGGAGAUCACCUGAGAUCAUAAGGAAGCUGAAGGAGUGUCUCCUCUCCAAGGCGCCGCUGGUAGACACCACCAAAGUGGCUGCCAACUUAUUGCUUCUCGAGUACACCACCAGGGAGCAGCUGAAUCAGAUUAAAUUGUCCAUCGAGGAGAAGAAUGUUCUGCUGCAAGAUCCAAGCUUGUCUGUACCGACGACGGUCUUAAUAGAAGCACUUGACCUGGGUCAGGUUAUGUCGCCAUGGGUGCAGUCCAUAGUCGUGCAAGAUCUUGAUCUAGAUGAUCUGCUUUCAGCAAAGCAGGCAAACCUCUGCGAGGAGGCCGCCAAAGCACUAGUUGUGCUAACCAGUGGGUGCAAGACAAAUGCCACGGUGCAACCCAAUGGGUGCAACACAAAUGCUGCAGUGCUAACCAGUGGGUGCGAGACAAAUGUCGUCCUACAAGAGAUCACCGUGCAAGAGAUGGAGACCAUAGUGAGGAUGAUCUUCCCAAAGCCAGAGGACCUUGAGCGAGAGGAGACGAGGAGGAUGCAGGCCGCCACCAGAUUACAAGAACGCAAUCUACACCAAGAAACGUUGCAGGUAGUCAAGAAGAUAAUCUACGCGGAGGGUGGAGGGCACACAAGAAGCCUGCAUGCAAAGCUCCUACAGAAUCUGCGUGCCCAUGGCCAUGCCCAUGGAAAUGCUACUAAGCACAUGCUAGUAAUAGACAGAGCACUGCCAGAGGUGAUGAAAGCCAUAGUUGAUGAAGCGACCAAGUUGGAGCAUCCAGCAUUUAGCAGUGAAAGUUUAGCUCGGGAUGAUGUCCCUUGGGUUGAAGCAGGAAAGGUGCUUGACAGUUUUAUAGGCCUCACUGUCCAGAUUUGCAAAGGCCUGGAUGCAAGUGAUUUUGUCAAAAUACUAGACGGCGUCAGUCUUACUCUGGACACAUUCGUCAUGAAGCUUAAGAAGAUACUAGAACUGUACAAGUAUCCAACUACAGAAUUUCCUAGCAUAAGGCGAUCUACACUUGAACUCAUGAACUGGAUGGUACGAAAGAACAGCAACUACAGAGAAAUAUUCCUGCAAUGUGGAGUGUAUAAGCAGCUGAAAGAAGUGGCAAAGACUGCUAGAAGACUUGAGAGAUUUGAGCUGUUCCACUGCGAUGUUGAGGUUGGUAAUGACGACAUAUCAUCCAUCCAUUGUCUUGUGAGUGACUUACAGAAACAGCUUGAGCUCUGCCCCCAUUUCGAACAAAGCUCACACUACUAUGGGGCACAUGCAGGUGCCAUAACUGUUUUGGUCGCCUAACUCAUAUCAUUUGGUUGCUUUUGGCAUGAAGCAUAUCGACUGUGUGUCUAUGGUUGUGCUUUUUAUUUCAAGCAAGAGUAUCUUAAUGUAUUUGUUUAUUAAACUUCUGCUCAUGUCUAAGUGUGGUUGUGGUUUUUGGUCGGUACAAUUCUAUUGGCAUGAACAAUUGGUGAGCAGUUUCUUUAUCUAUUUUUUCAAAAUUGUAAUUUUUAAUGAAUUCACUGUUUUGUUGAAGCCUUUCAAUAAAGGAAAAAACGGUUGUUUUUACCACUUCA